CAUGCAACUCAGAAGGGAAAGAAUCCAUCAUCAUGGCAAAACCAAUAAGGACAUCAAGUAAGACUGCAAUUAAAGUGUAGAUACAUUUCCAAGGUGAGUGAGAGUGGGGAUCAGACUGAAUUGGAGAGACCCAGAAUCCAGUCAUUAAAUAGUUCCAACAAGAAGAACUUCCCUCAAUUGUUGGAGAGUCGUAGAAAGAUGAUAUCCAGUUUUGUAGACCCUGUUGCUGAAACCAUGAGUUUCACAAAAAAGAAAUAUGAUCACCAUCAGAUCGGUUAUCCGAGGUAAACUCAAUUGGAAGACCAAUCCAAACGACCAUUUUGCGGAGAUUCUAAUGUGCACUAUAAUCGAAAGGACAUCUCAAGGAAUUUUGACAAAGCGGAUGACCAGAAUUCGGGGGACAAAGCCAAGUUGGCAAAUCAAAAGAUGGAGGAGAAUGCGAAAGGCAUUCAAGAAACACAACUGGUCGGAUUGGAAAACAAAGUAACUUUGGAGGGCAAGGUGGAUUUGGAGAAGGUGAGAGAUAUCAAGAGAUCCAUUCGAAGAAGAUAUGCAAAUAGGAAGAACUUCCAAAAGAUUUUCAAUUCUUGGGAUGAAGAUGCUAAUGGAGCCAUCAGUGUUAAGAACUUGUACAACAUGGUCAACAGGAUGGGCAUUAAUAUCAAUCAAGACGAAGCUAAGGUGUUGUUGGCUAGUGCGGAUAAGGAUGGAUCAAAUGAUUUGGGAAUGGAUGAAUUUAUGGAUCUCAUAUUUAACGAUAAGGACAUUCUGAACGUGGAUCUCAAAUAACUAGAUACCACCGAUAAGAAUACUGCCAUCAAUAUUUUGAUCUAAGAUGCUUAGUUGGCUCAUCAGAGGAAGCAUCACAAUCAAAUAAAUAUCAUACUUAAGAAUAGGGUAUUAAUGGUGUGUGUAUUCUUGAAUAGCAAUUGAAAUUGGGAUAGUGGCUGUUGGAAGCUGAUGAGAAGCAAGAAGGCUUUUUGAGUCAGAAGAAAUUCGAGGAGGUGGUAAAGAAGUUGAGGAUUGACGAGAAGAUCUUAAGCAAUGAGGACAUUAAGGAGUUGGCUAGCAAUUUUAGGGGAGACAAUCAAUUUAUUGAUUACAAACAAUUCAUCACUCAUUUGAAAUAGUUUCAAUUGAAAGAGGAAGUUUAUGUAAAUAUAUUAUAGCUAUUGAUCAGGAUGAUCCAUACGCUCUCAAGGAAAAGAUUGAAUUAAUUAAGAAUAAAUAGGAUAAAUAGAAGUAUUAAAAUAUUACAUUAUGUAGAUUUCGAAUCAAUGUUUUUGAUCUCACUAAAGUGAAUGGGUGGCAUCUGGAAAGAAUGAGAUAUCGAGCCAAUAAUAUGAUCAAUAAAUUAAAGAAGUAUCUCCCAGAUAAAGAGAAUUUCCAAGAGUAUUUGCAGGAGAAGGUCAAUGGAGAUACAAUCAAUCAAAAGGAAUUCAAUAAAUUAGUUGUCCAAUUCCUCAAUAGUGUAAAUGAAACGCAUCAUAAAUUCGACAUUGAAUCUCUCUUGAGUGUUGUUCAAUUCAAUCAAUAUAAUACAUAAUCCAAAUCUGAAGUAUUGAGAAUUCUUUACGAGUAUAAAUAUCUAAUUAUAUAAGCGAAAAUGAUGAUGACUUUUUCGAAAGAGCACAACAAUAGAUCAAGUAACCCCCGCCUCCUCAAGAUAAGGCGAUCUUACAAGGAUCACUACCUGAAGAAACCAAAGAUACUCAAUCAGAAAUUACUAAGAGUUAUUACUGCAGAGAUCUUGGCUUGUCCAUGAACUUGCCAAAUAUAAGGAAGCAAGUCCAGGCUGUUCUAAGGAAAGUGGAUGAUUAAAUAUUUAAUAAGAGAGAGAAACAAUUGAAGAUAUUUAAGGAAUUCGAUGUAGAUCAGGAUGGUUAUGUUUCAUAAGUAGAUUUGUAACAAAGAAUGAAACACAUUUUGACUUAGGAUGAAAUACGUUUACUAAUUUAAUAUAUCGAUCCAGAGAAUAAGGGAUUCUCAAAUUUCACAGAGUUUUCAUCAAAGAUUAGGAAUGGGAUGACCAUUCUGGAUGAGAAUGGGGCUCAAUUAAUCAACGUCAACACCCAACCGAGCAAAACCACCAUCAUAGCGGCUACUUCAUUUCUACCUGAAUUGUAAAAGUCUAUUGAUGAAUUCAAAAAACCCUUCAUUGCCUCUAAGAACAGAUCUGAUUAUAAACCGUCGACAAGAUACGGAGCAACACCUUGUUUGAAGGAUACCUUUGCGAAUAUUGUUCCUUUAGAGAAGAGUGGUCUAUGGGCAUCGGCAGAAUAAAGAUUCAGUAAGAACAGGGAAGAGUACUAGAAGGAAGAGAAGAAGUUAAAGGAGUUUAGAUAGGAGUAGAAGCUGGAGAGAAUUAGAAGUUAUCAAUAGGAGAUAAGGGGUAGAAUUAAAUCAUAAGAUGAUUUCCAAAAAUGAACAGCAAUUUUAAAUGAUAUAUAUUUAUGUAUUCAUUACGC